AUGACGACGCCCCCAUGGAGGAGGCCCACGCUGCCAACGGCGGGGACAUGGCGGUCGCCCCCGGCACGCGGCACGCAGCUUUUCAUCGCGGGCAUACCAUUCAUGAUGACCGAGCGGGAUGUGGUGGACAAGUUCGAUCGGUAUGGCCCCGUCCGGGAAGUGCGCAUCGUGCGCCACCCGGCCACCGGGGAGUCGCGCGGCUUUGGAUUUGUGGCCAUGGAGUCCGUGGAGGCUGCGGAUCGCGCGGUGCGCAAGCUAGAUGGCACCGAUUGGAAUGGGCGCCGGCUGCUGGUAGAGGUGGCCAAGAACCCACGAUGA